ACAGCGGGGAAGAGCCUGGCUUCCAGACUUGGGACGGGGUUUGGUUAGCGGUUAAGAAGAGUGGAGGCAGCAGCAUCUUCCUCCACGUGGGGCUGCACCCUGCCUGCCAGGUCUCAGACCAGGCAGUACAGUCUCCGUUGCUGCUCCAUGUGUUAUGGAUGGAGAACCUGAGCUUGGAGAGGAGGGUGGGAAAGGACCAUGUGCCCAGUUUGCCCGCCAGUUAAUAGCAGAGUUGGAAAGAGAAGCGCCAUAUCCAGUGCUCCCUUUGCAAGUCUCGUUUCUUCCUGCGGGCAUCUACUGGGGAGAUGAGAUGGUUAAUGACCGUGCUUUGCAUUUUUUUGGCUUGAACUGAGGCCUUUUCCUGGUGUUUGCAUCUCAAGGAGAUGGUAGCGUCUUGGUUCUCUGUGUGACAUGACAUCUGUAGCAUCAUUGCUGGGGUGGUUCUUGUCACUGGAGGCUGGGAGCAGCGACCCAGUGGGAUGCGGUCACCGCGCGUCCUCCCUGCCAGGCUGGGCAGAGGCCAGCAGUGCCGCAGGGUGCGGGUGGCAAAGGGAGGCGGCCAGGGCUGUUGCAAAGCUGGGGAAAGCUCUCCCGUGUAUGCUUUCCCCUUCCAGGGGGAUGUUUUAUUCCAAAGCUGAGACCCUGGAUGCACUUCCACCUGCGCCUGGGUGCAGUGAUAAGGCCAGGUGGCCCAGGGAGACCCCAGGUCUUGGCCAGACUGCACCAGGCCGUCUGGAAACGGGCUCUCUUACUGCCGCAGGGCUGCAGGGAUUGCCCAGGGUCGUGCAAAAGUGUCCCAUUGGACAUGUCAUGGGCACUUUGCUCAUGGCUGUCUCUGAUUGCAUCCCUGUUUUUUUCUUCCCCCUCUUUGGUUCUUCUGGAGCUUGCUGCAGCCAGCGCAAGCAGCCCCUGUGGUGCAGCUGGAGCACCGUGCGCAGGCAGCGCAGCGGGGGAUUGCAAACCUGGGAGAUGGCGGGGGGUGUUGGCAGGUUGCCCUCACCAGAGGUGUGUGAAUCCUGAGCACUUUGUGGAGCGUGGUGCCGUUUGGAAACACAGAUGGACAUAGGAAACUUGCUGCUCACAGAAAGGCCAUUGUACCUCUUUGUUUUCCCCACUAACUGUUGUUCUGGUGUCUUGCAGGCACAGAAGAAUAAGGCAGGAUGGAUGUCUAUGACCCUCAGACGCUGGGUGCUAUGCUCUUUGGAGGUUUGAUGAUGGUAUCGGCCACUGGGAUCUUCAUGGUGUUCACCUUCUCCAUGAAGGAGACUUCAUCAGAGAAAGCCUUGGCCAAGCGAGGCAAAAAUCUUAAGAAGACCCAGAAGCAGGAAAAAGAGACAAAGAAAGAGAAAGUUGUUGAGAGAAAAGGAAAAGGAAAGGAAAAGGAAGAGAAACCUAAUGGAAAAGUCCCAGAGGUGCACCAAAGUGCUCCUGUGGUCAGCUCCAUCACCGUCAAGAAAACCAAUGCUCUUCCAACCCAUGAGGAGCAGAAGCAUAAUGGAUGUGUAAAGAAGGCGGCUGCAUCCAAGAAGAAGAGCAAGCCAGCACCUGCGGACUCGGAUGGGCCCCUCCACCUGCCCUACAAGACGCUUGUGUCCACUGUCAGCAGCACGGUGUUCAGCGAGGGGGAGGCCCAGCGGCUCAUCGAGAUCCUGACGGAGAAAGCGGGCAUCGUCCAGGACACCUGGCACAUGGCCACGCAGAAGGGUGACCCUGUCACUGUCCUGAAACGCCAGCUGGAGGAGAAGGAGAAGCAGCUCACCACAGAGCAGGAGGCUGCAGCCGCUGCCAGAAACAAGAUGCGGGAGCUGAGCAAGGAGCUGGCGGCCGAGCGGGCCAAGGCGACGGCCGUGGAGGGCAAGCUGAGGGAGCAGCUGCUGGCCCGCGAGCAGGAGAUGGCAGCGGUGCAGGCACGCAUGCAGGCCAGCUACCAGGACCAUGUCAGCGAAACGCAGCAGCUGCAGGGCAAGAUCCGCACCCUGCAGGAGCAGCUGGAGAACGGCCCCAACACGCAGCUGGCUCGCCUGCAGCAGGAGAACUCCAUCCUGAGGGAUGCCCUCAACCAGACCAGCAGCCAGAUGGAGAGCAAGUAAGACUGGGGCGGGGGGCAGAGCCUGGGG